AUGAGAGAGCGGGAGGAGAGAGAAAAUCAAAAAUUAGGGUUGGGAAAGAAAAAUUUGGGGGUUUCUUCUCAUGCUGAUGCAACAGGGGAGAAAUUGGAAGAGGGAGAAUGGAUUCCGGUUAAUCGAAGAAAGGGCGGAGUCAAUAACAAACGUUGGGAUAAUGUGAGGACGGGUUUUGGGAGGAGGGGAGAAAUCACUUCUUUCUUCUUUUCUUCAAUUCCUGAUUCAUACAAGGCUAGAGAUCUUCAUGAAGUUUUUUCCAGGUUCGGUGAGGUUGACGAAGUUGUCAUUCCGUUGAAAAAAGAUAUACGAGGAAAACGUUAUGGGUUCGUGAGGUUUUUCAAUGUAAUUGAUUCAAGAAGGCUGGCGUGCAAAUUGGAUAAUAUCUUUGUUGAGAAUGUCAAAUUGCAGGUCAAUAUUCCUAGGUUCUCCAGGACUUUGAAAUCUUUUGAUUCUAUUCGUAAUCAGAAUCGUGUUAGUAGGAUUGGCUGGGUGGAGAAGUCGCGUGAUGGGGGAGGUGAGCAGUGGAAUGGUUUAUCUACGCGAUUUGUCGACUCUUUUGCUAAAGUGGUGAUAGGAGGGAACAAGGAAGUGAUUAUGGCUGCGGUGGUGAGGAAUAAUGAGGUGGGCUCUGAAGAGUUGUUAGGAGAUACUGGGAAGGUGAUAGGUUGUAACGAGGCGAAUGCUGUUUCUAAGGUUGUGAAGAGUUUUGGUGCGGUGAAGAGGGCUGAUGCUGCUGAGGGGGUGAUGAAAUCUGUUGCUGGGAAGGUUACUGGUAGUUGUUUGGAAGCUUUGGAUUACUAUACUGAUGUGGAUAGGGAUAACCCAAAGUUACUAAAGGCGUAUGUUGGAUUGGUCCGAAUGCCGGGGAUGGCGUAUUCGAUGCAGAAAAUUGUUCAGUCUGAAGGCUAUUUUGACUUUUCCAUCAAACCGUUAGGGCCUAAUUUGUGUAUCUUUGAAGAUGUGGAGGAGGGUGUGGUAGAGGUUUUUGUUGAUGAAGGUCAUAAUUGGUGGAGAAAUUGGUUCACGUCAAUUGAUAGAUGGAAACCCGGGCAUGUGGAUGAAGAACGAUUGAUGUGGGUUCGAUGCUUAGGUAUUCCGUGCCACGCUUGGACGGUGGAAUUUUUUGGUGUCUUUGUGGGUUUGUUUGGGUCUUUUGUGCGGGCUGAUUUCAAUACAGCUUCGAGGAAGGUGUUGGAUUCGGCGAGAUUGCUGGUUCGAACUAGAAGUAAAAGGUGGUUUAACGAAUUGGUUAAAGUGAAGAUCAAUGGGUUGGUUUUUGACAUUAGUGUGGUGGAAGAGGUGGGAAGGGUUGUUAGUGAUACUGUUGAAACAGGUACAAUUAAUUCUGCGAAUGAGGAGUUGUCGGAGGGUGAAUUUGAUUCAGAUGCUGAGGGUUCUGAUAAUCAUCAUAUGUUCGAGGAAGAUGAAUUGAUUUUACGAGAAAAUUUUGAGCAACCUUUCGGACACAGGCCUGCUGUUCGUUCCGAGACUGGUGCGUUUUCUGGUGAAGAGCAUAUGCAGAGGCGGACUGCUUUUCGGGAUGGAGGAUCAUCGCUGGAUUCGGUUGCGAAGAAGAGUGGAGGUGAUGGGAACUGUUCAAAGGAUAGUACUGGAUGA